UGCCGGCAUGUGUGGAAAGAUGUCCUCUCCGUCUUGUCCGAAGUUGUUGUGAAGCAAAGAGAGAGACGAGGAACCAUCUGCUGCUUUUAUUUAAAUACCUAAUCCUUCAGAGGAAGUAUUCACACAUUAACAAGACUUGUUGGAUUGUCCUCAUUGUUGAUAUCAGAUUGUAGAGAGGCUGUUGUACAAGGUGAAGCAAGAGUACCUUUUACAAUUGAGAAAGAUAAAUUUGCACAUUUUGGAUUCAAAGGAUUAAAGGAUUAUAAAAAUGUCACAGCUAAUCUCUUAUCAUACAAAGCGUAAAGUCUUUGUUACGACGGUAGCCCAAGAAGGCCUGUUCUAUGUUCACUUGGAUACACCAGAAGCAUUUGACUUACCCAGACUCUCUCAAGAGAUAGCCGAAGUGGUCCGAAACAAUUUGGAUAAGAAUAGAAGCUUCUCACCUUCGGUGGGUGCCAAAUGCUUUGCCCAGUCGCUACUAGACAAUACAUGGUAUCGGAGUCUUGUUAUGAGUUUAGACUCUCCUACUACUUACAGUCUAUAUUAUCUUGAUUAUGGUUAUACGGAAGCCAAUGUCCCUGUUUCUCGCCUCUUUCCUCAUAUUUCUAAAUUUUUCGAGAUGCCUUAUCAAGCCGUCCAGUGCCAGUUGGCUAAUUUUGUUCCUAAAGAUGGCGUCUGGACGGAAGAGGUUGUUGCUGCUUUAUCUGAUAAUAUUAACAUGCAGGAAGUCCCUGCCUUGUUUUGGGGUGAGUGUCCGGAUUAUGCUUCCUUCCUCACAGAGCACGAUGUUCCAUGUUACCUCACCACCCUUUACUGGGAGGAGUCCAGCGACUACACCGUUGCCGAGGAAAUGGUUUCCAUGGCGAUGGGGACACACCCGGAAGAGUCGCCCGAAAAGAUGCUCUCGGUUCCAAAGUCAAAACUGAUCAAGAAGCCCCUGGCCACACCUCCAACUGAGUCUGAGGCUACGCCCACUGGAUCCAAAUAUGCUUACCUGUCAUUUGAGAUUGGUUUGGAGUACAAGAUUUAUAUUUCUCAUGCCGAGUCGCCUGACGUCGUCUGGGGCCAGUUCUCUGAUCGUACUGACGAACUAAAUCAACUUGUGAUUGACCUACAAAGUGGUUUGUCAGCUAAUAAAGUUCAAAUACUUGAGGGCGGGCUACUAGCACCUGGUGAGCCCUGCUGUGUUAGAUACUCUGAUGGUAACUGGUGCAGGGGACUUAUAGACGAAUGGGAUGAGGCAUCGUUCAUUGCUAAAGUUCUUUAUGUUGAUUACGGGAAUACUGAGUCAGUGGAAGUAUCUGCAAUAUUCUCAAUGCCACGCCAGUUUUUCAAGGUACCGGCACAAGCUGUUAGCUUCUCUAUGGCAGGAAUACGUCCUGUAUCAGAUAAAUGGUCUCCUGAGGCCAUUGCUUGUUUUGAAGAGUUAUACACAGAUGUUGAGCUACUAGCUGUCAUUAAAGGUCAAGAUGAAGAUGGGUAUCCUUCUGUAGAGCUUAAGGACGUUGCUUUGGGCCAAAGCCUUGGAGAUAUACUAAUACAAGAAGGACAUGCUAUUUCUAUUGAGCCACGGUCACCUCCUGACACAAGUAAUAUAGAGGAGAAGAGAGACAAUAGUGUUGAUAAACAACCCACUAAAACAGCAUCUCCAAUUAAAUCUUCUCCAACUAUGACUCCCACCAAGAAACCGUCUUUCAAUCCUUUCAGAGAAGCUGUGGUACCAGUUCAGUCCCCUCUAUCUGUCUCUGUCCCUUAUAUAGUCACUUUGGAUAAGUUUUACUGUCAAAUUAACGAUCAUUUGGACGAACUCAACAAGUUAUCCACUCUGAUUGGUCAAUAUGCCGUCUCCCCAGACGCCGAGAAAAUACCAGUCGCAAGGAAAAACCUUCCCGUCCUUGCAAAGUCCUCAGAAGACGAUAACUGGUACAGGGCCCGACUUUGUCCACCAGAAGAAGGUGGAGAGAGUAAAUGGAGUGUGGACUUUGUUGAUUAUGGUAACUCUGAGUUGGUUAAUUUGGAUCAUGUUAGGGUCAUCCCCGAGUCAUUCCUUCGCCUUCCGAUUCAAGCAUUUGAGUGCUCUUAUUGUGAUAUUGAUCCAUCUCUAGUUGAAAAUGACGAAAUUAUAAAUUCGUUUUUUGACAUGGUAGCUGCCACGCCCACAACAUGUAUGGCUAGCAGGUUGGAAAAGAGGGAGGGUCGUUCUGUUUAUUCGGUUCAAUUUUUCAUAAAAGGAAAAGAUAUAAUGACGGAAUUAAUAUCCAACAGUAAGACUGCUGGAAGUCUAAGUAGUGGGUGUGGUCAGAAAGUCAGUACUCAGUCUACUUCAAAUGAUAUACCUCGUCUAACAUUAGUCACUGAUAGACCAGUCUCUGUUGUUAUUUCAAAUAUUGAGUCGCCAUUAGGAUUCUCCUGUCAAUUAGAAGAGAACUCUAAUUCUCUCUCCCUUCUUGUCUCUCAGAUGACUGAACACUACAACGAUCCGUCCACUCCAACGAAACCAGUCAAACCGGUUCCUGGAACCUGUUGUGCCGCCCUGUUUGACCAGGACUCUCUCUGGUAUCGGGGAAGAAUCCUCUGUGUGGACGGGAGUGACUCCAUUGAGAUCUUGUUUAUCGAUUAUGGUAACAAAGAGCUGAUAAUGUUGAAGAAUACGAGAGAUUUAUUAUCAAAAUAUUUAUCGCUUCCAAUUCAAGCCGUGUCAUGCUCACUCACUGGUAUCAAGGAGGAUGUGAUUACAGACGAUUUGAUCACAUAUUUUCAGGAUCAGUGUCUAGACAAUCAGUAUCAGUGUCAGUUCAAGUUGAGUGAUGCCGUGUCAAGUGUAUCGUGUCAACUGGUUGAUCCCAUGUCAGGCGUAUCAGUAACUGAUCUCAUUCUGAAAUCCAUUGAUUCAAACACUAAAUCAGAUACCAGCCCUUGUACGAGCGAACCUCCGUCAUCAAAACCCUCAGGAUCUCACUCUUCAAGGAGUGAUAGAUCCUCUCCGAGUGGAUCUCAGAAAAGCUACGAGAGUAUCACGAGAGACAAAGGAAGAAAUGAGACUGGUUUCAGAGACAGCGUGAAGGAGCCCUCUUUCGAUUCCAGACAGAGGGACACUUCUCGCGAGAGUACCUCCAGGAGAGAAAGAUACCGAUCAGAUGAAGAAAAUAGAGAGAGAAGGGACGCACCUUCCUCUUUCGAUUCCAGACAGAGGGACACUUCCCGCGAGAGUACCUCCAGGAGAGAAAGAUACCGAUCAGAUGAAGAAAAUAGAGAGAGAAGGGACGCACCUUCCUCUUUCGAUUCCAGACAGAGGGACACUUCUUGCGAGAGUACCCCCAGGAGAGAAAGAUACCGAUCAGAUGAAGAAAAUAGAGAGAGAAGGGACGCACCUUCCUCUUUCGAUUCCAGACAGAGGGACACUUCUCGCGAGAGUACCUCCAGGAGAGAAAGAUACCGAUCAGAUGAAGAAAAUAGAGAGAGAAGGGACGUACCUUUUAAAAGGAGCGAGAGCUACAGAGACGAGAGAAGGAGCUCUGAUUAUAGCAGUAGAAGAGAGAGAAGCAGGGAUGGAUCGUUCGAGAGUACAAGAAGACGGGACGAGAGUUCUGGUAGGGAUUAUCACCAUAAGAGGAACAAUAGUGAGUCUAGUCAGAGUUCUUAUAGAUCAGGAGCUCAGGAUGUCAUUGACCCAUUCCGCCCUAGUCUCUCUUCUCCAAUGAGUGGGCGUGUCUCUCAUUUUGUGUCUCCGUUAGAGUUUUAUGUACAGCCAUCUUGGAAUGCUCAGAAACUAGCGUCUACAAUGUCGUCGAUUGCUUGUUUUUACGGGGACGAGAAAAGAGGCGCGGUUUUUACAGACCCGACGACCGGGUCUUAUUGUUGUGCAUUAAUUGGAGAUAAGCUACAGCGCUGUAAAGUGACCGAGGUUUUGCCUGAUGGGAGUGUGAGGGUUUUUUGUCUAGACGAAGGCUCGACUCACCUCAUCAGCAGCAUCUGUGAAGAAUUUUACGUUCUAGAGAGGCAGUUUUAUUAUCUGUUUAGUCAGGCUGUUCGCUGCUCUCUGGCCGACUUUAAAAACCUAGCAGCCGAAGAGGUUUCUAAACUCUCUAACGAGAUCAGGUCUGCCAUACUGGGACGAAAUGUAGAAGUGACCUUUAGGACUGACCGACAUGGUGACUGCUAUGAAGUGGAUUUAUCUGUCAAGCAAUCGCUGACUGAAGUACUGUCCAGCAAGAGAACCUCAACUGCUACUAAAGGAAACACUGAGAUUAGUAAAGUUCCUUCAACUGAACUGACAGCUCCUCCUUUCCAGCUCCUAUCAACAGGACAAGAGGAAGAAGCCAUGAUACUGUCCAUCUCCUCUAUCGGCUCCAUUUAUGUACAACUAUUAUCCAGUGAAGAGUCUAUGACGGAGCUAACAGCAGGGAUUGAAACCUUUAUGAAGAACCCUGCACCUCACGUGAACCUGGGGACUAAUAUUUUAAAAGUAGGAGGCAUCGUUCUUGGCAAAUUCACCGAAGAUGACAGCUGGUACAGAGCCAUAAUUACCGCCCUAUCAGGAGGGACGGUCAGUCUGUUUUAUUUCGAUUACGGGAACCAAGAAGAUGUCCCUGUAAAUCGGGUACAUCCCAUUUCCCCUUCUCUCUCCUCUUUCCCUCGUCAAUCAAUAGAGUGUGCUCUGGAAGGAAUGGAGGAUCUAGCUCCCUCGGGAAAAGAUUUUAAAAAUAUGGAGAGUGAGUUAUUUGAAGCCUCGUGUACUAUUAGUGUAGUAAAAUGUAAUGAGACUAAUGGCCUACAUAUUGUGAGGAUUAAACUCGCCGAAGGUUCUUGUGAUCUUAUUGAAUGGGUUUUAAAUAACGGAUACUACACAAGGAAACCAGCUACACAGACAAGCACUGCAACCCCCCAGGGGAAUAUUGAGAGGAAUAUUACUGCCCCCUUGGGUAACAACGAAGCUGCUGCUAUUGUUACAGACAAAAAACCUCCUGGAAAAGAUGGUAUUUUAUCACAACGAGAGUCCGAGCGUUUGAUAAAGAGUUAUCCUGUGAGCGUUGGUGAGUCCCUCUCUGUCUAUCUCUCGUAUCAAGAGGACGAGGCUGACGAUGGAAGAAAGAGAGUCUGGGUGACACCAGCUGUGCAAUCAGUUGAAUUGGAGGCUUUGAGAGAUCAACUAGAAGAGGAAUACUCAUCUAUUGAGGCUGACCAACUCAUACCUAAUCCAAAAACCGGUCAAACCUGUUGUGCCAAGUAUUCCGCUGACGGCAAGUGGUACAGGGCUCUUGUGUUGGCCCCGCCCUCUCCGUCUAUCCUAGUCCUCUUUGUUGAUUAUGGUAACACUGAUAUUGUCAGUGAAGUAUUUGUACUUAAAAAUGAACUUAGAUCUUUACCGAUGUCGGCAAUCUGUUGUAGACUAGAAUCAUCUACCGAAGCUAUAGAAUGGGACGAGCCCCUAUCGUUCCAGUUCCUCUCGCAAGAGGAGCUACCCACGUCUUGUUUGCCACUGUGGAAUGUCCAAGUGACCCAGAUCACCUCUUCAUCGGUGAGCGAGAGGUGUCCUUCUCCUCUCCAGCGUCCUCCCUCUCCGCUAAAAGAGUCCAGUAUACCAAUGCUUCAAGUGAAGACAGGAGAGAAGUACGAGGUCUACAUCAGUCAUUCUGAGUCUCCAUCUCUCUUUUAUUGCCAGCUGGUGAAGGAGAGCCAAGAUCUUGACGAGCUGAUGGCUCAUAUUGCUGAUUUUUAUACCGACAAGUUCCUUCACUUGGAGCCAGAGAUUGGAUCUUAUUGUGCAGCGAAAUAUAACAAGAACAACAGCUGGUAUAGGGCACAGAUCAUUGAAGUCAUUCCGAGAAGUGGAGAAGAAGUAGGAGAGACGCCGGACGUUAAAGUUUUAUUUGUUGAUUAUGGUAACGAAGAGGUUGUGAGUCCUUCUAACAUGAUACAGAAAUUGGAUUGUCAGUUUACUCAUCUUCCCUGUCAGGCUUUGCCUUGCUCUCUUCUCUCGUCUGUGAGGGAGUCGUUCACAGAAGAGCAGCUGGAAGCUUUCUUCUCUCUCAAUUUUGACGAGGACUCAUUCACAAUACAUCUCAAGUCCCUCUUACCGUCGAGCGAAUGGCACGUCGAACUAAGCGAUCAACAAGGAACAACUCUGAACGAAUUAUUCACAUCACCGUCAGGUUCUCCUCGACUUCCACUGGUGGGUGGGGAAACCACACCCACUUACUACCUACCCCAGUACCAGCCAGGAUCCACUGUGGACGUUUUUGUUACUUGCGUCAAUUCUCCUGAUAACUUUUACUGUCAACCUCUCGGUCUUGCAAGUCAACUCGAAGAACUCAUGUCUACAAUAUCAGAAUUCAUGUCGUCAGUCCAGGCUCCUAAACCAUCCCCACUGGAAACAUUAGAACCUGGUCAAACCUGUUUGGCUCGUUAUUCCGAUGACUCGGAGUGGUAUCGUGGUCAGAUCGACUCGGUGAAUAUCCCGGAGAGGAAGAUAUUUGUGCGUUAUGUUGAUUACGGUAAUCUCUUUGUGUUGGACGAGAGUAAGGUCGUUCCCCUCCCUCCUCAGUUUCUGAGUGUACCUGUUCAAGCGUUACACUGCUCUGUCAUGAAACCGGGCGGAGAACACGAGGAUGGACAUAAAGUCACGCCCACGAUAUCCGAGAGAUUUAUAAGAACUGUGAAAGAAGAGGAGCAGUACGUGCUGACCGUCCUCUCCUCCUCGGACUCUAAAUAUUUCGUUGAUGUUUAUGUCGGGAGUCAGAAAGUAAACUUUUCAUUUUUGGACACGAUGAGCAGUCCCCUUAACACUAGCUCGCGGGAUGACGAACUCAGUAAAGACCUUGAGAUAUCUCCAUUCCACUCUACGGAUGGUGGGGCUGAGAACCUAUUACUAAAGAUGUCGAAAUCCCCUACAACGGAUUUGGAGGAGUCCGAAGAGGACAGCACUGCGACUGGCGAGCCGUUGAUCCAUGCUCCUUGUCAUUUGUCGCUAGUUGCCGGCGAGACUCUUCAAGUUAACGUGGUGUAUGUAAAGGACCCGUCGUUGUUUUAUAUACAGAGGGUGGACUGUUAUGCUGAGCUUGAGUCUCUGUCGAACGAGAUAGCUCAGUAUUGUGCCGAUUGUGCCGGUCAGCUGUAUCAGAAAUCGUAUCAAAGCGGUGAUUUUGUGUUAGCUCAGUACGAAUCUGACGUCACUUGGUAUCGGGCUCACGUGCUCGAGCAAGUCUCUGUCGACUCUUUUCUUGUGAGGUUCAUAGACUAUGGCAACAAGGAGACUGUGACUUCUAAAAAUAUGAUUAUGUGUCCAGGGAAUUUCCUAGAACUGCCAGUCCAAGCGAUAGCUGUGUCUCUAGCUCAGGUUCCAUCUAGAGAGGGCUGGCCUGAUGAAUAUUCAAAGUGUAUUGUAGAACUAACUGAAGGAAAGGAGCUUCAAGCAACUGUUGUGUUACCCGGUCGUCAGAAUAUACCCGCUAGUGUAUCUCUCCUUGAUCCUGAGACAGGUUUGGACAUAGCGUCAAAAGUUCUUGAGGAAUUGGACAAGGAGUGUGAAGAGGGCGGAGCUCCUGACUCUAAGCUCCUCCUACAAGAAGGGGAGCCUAUCAGUCAACAGGACCAAUCAUCAGUUUCGGUUGAGGGAAGUAAAGAAGGAGAGAGUCCUUCUAGUUUCGACGGGGAGGAUCUAGGUACUAAGAUAGAGACCCUGAGAGAGAAAUUGGAACUCGUUUGCAUCAAGGAAAACAGUUCUUCCAAGAUACCACAAGAAAGCCUCUCGCAAGCUAAUAAUAAUAAUAAUACUAAUGAGGGCGUGGCCAAGGAACCUACUGAUGAAAUGCCUUCCACUGACAUUGUAGAAAAUGUUGAAGAGAAUAGUAAAGAUGAAAGCAAUGUACAUGUAGGAGUAAAGGAAGAGGAGCUGGAAGAUGUUGAACACAAAGAUGAUGACGAUGUGGUACCAGAGCUGUCAUUAGAAGGAUCAGAGUUAGAAGCAGAACAGACUGGUAAUGCAAUAGAGACUGAAGCUACUGCCAUUGAACAAGAAGAAGAAGGAGAUGAAGACAAAGAAGGUGACCUCAACACUGAUGAGCUCUCAAAUCCUCAGGAGCCUGUAGAUGCUGAUAUCCCUGACAACGUAACCACACCAGAGGGAGCUGCUAAUGAUGAAGACAUGAAUAUUGAAGAGGCUCAUAUUGUGGCUGAUAUCUGUCAGCCUAACUUGAAGGAAGUAGCUCCAGAAUCUAUGGAUCCUCCAAAAACUGACGAAGGAGCCUCCAUUCUACGCCAAUAUGGCCGUAUAAAUCUGAGUGGUGAUGCCACAGGUGGAUUUUCUGACUUAAAAAGUGAAGCAACAUCUCAACUGCAGCAAACCGAAGGAGCUUCAAUCAUUAAUACGAUAGAUACUGAAGCUGCUGAUUCAUGUACUAGUGUACAAGCUGAUGUAGAUACAUCAGAAACAACCUGCUUACCAAAGACUGACUCUACUGUCACCAUUGAAACUGAUCAGUCUCUUAAAUCUGAGUCUUUACUCUCUACUGAAUCUGCUGCUGGACUUCAAUUAGAAUCAGCUACUACUGCUACUAAAAUGGAACAUAAUGCAGAACCCUCUGCUAGUGCAGAUAUUACAGAAUCCACUGCUGCACCUAAUGAAGUCUCGCUCCCCACUCUAGAGGUUGGUUCCCAGUACAAGGUCUUCAUAGUUAGUAUUGAUAGUCCCUAUGAUUUCAUUUGUCAUCUCUCUGGCUAUGACCCAGUCAUAGAAGCAGUGUCUUCCCUUCUCUCUGAUAUAUACCAGUUUGCUCCAGAGGGUCAGUAUACUAUUUCUAACGAAGAGCUCGUUGUUGGUCAGCUAGUGUGUGCUCAGUUUUCCGAAGAUGAUUCCUAUUAUCGUGCAAGGGUACUCCACAAGAUAGACAAAGACUACGAAGUUGAGUAUUUGGAUUACGGGAAUCAGGAGGUGGUCCCUCUGACGAGAAUUUUCAAGCUCCACCCACAACUAUUGACAUCUUGUUAUCCUCCUUUUGCUCUACAUUGCUCGCUCUCUGACCUACCGGCAGAGAGGAAAGAAGAUGAAGAAGAGAUAGGUCGUCUUGUUGAUGCAAUGAAAGGACUCAUUAGUGAAGACGAACCAACUCUCAUGGAAGUUGUGUCCCGCCCUCCUCCUGGAAAAGAUUAUGAGAAUUAUGAAGUGAAACUUUUUAGCAGAAAUGAGUCUGUGUGUGGUGAAGGAAUGGAGACUAUUAAUGCUAGCAUAUCACAAUUACUAGAGACUGGUAGUUACAAUAGUGUCCCCGGUCAUCAGAAAGGGACAAAGGAAGUAGUACUAAAUGAGAGAGUCCAGAUGAAUGGAUCAACUCACUUAAGUGAUAUUGAUUUGAAUAUUCCAAUAGAUUCUAAAACCAAAGGACACACCACUGCUUGUGUUGAAGGCAGCAACUCCACAUAAUGCUGUAGAUGCUUUGAACUCCUCUAGUAAUUAUUAUUGCUAUAGCUGCCAUGUACAAAUUGAUUAAUAAUAACGCAUACAAAUCAAUCUUUGUUUAUCAUUUUCCAUGCAACACUUUUAUUAUUUUGCUUUCUUUGCAUAGAGAUACAUGCAUGCGUUGUGACUUUGAUUUAUGUCCACUGUAUCAUUUAAAAUUUAUGACAAGAAACCAAUUUAAACUGA